AUGGCCGCCCAAACCGAGCCCGAGAUCAUCUUGUACGACCUGGCCUGUACCAAGAACGUCUGCUUCUCCCCCGUUGUGUGGCGCAUCCGUCUCAUGCUCAACUACAAGCACAUCCCAUACAGGACCAUCUUCCUCGAAUUUCCGGAUAUCGAGCCCACGCUGAAAGGGCUCGGCCUGGUCCCCAGCGAAUCCGCCGCGGGAUCCAAGAUCAAAUAUACUGUCCCGGCAAUUCAGCACGUGCCGAGCAACACGUACAUGAUGGACUCGGUUCCAAUCGCGCAGUUCCUCGAGUCGACGUAUCCGGAUCCGCCGAUUCCCUUGACGUCGGAGCUGGGCAGUGAGAUCGAGGCCAAAGCACGUGCCGUGAUCGGCAAGGUCUUCUACACGUCGACGAUGCCGCGCGAGAUCAACAUUCUGUCGCCUCGUUCGCAGGAGUACUUCCGACGCACACGCGAGGCCUCGCUAGGGCACCGGCUCGAAGACUUGCUCGAUCCAGAUAAGGAGGACCAGAGCUGGGACGCGGUAAGCGACGGCAUGCGCGCUGUUGGCGAGCUGAUGCAGACGCACAAGGCCGAUGGGCCGUUUGUGCUGGGCGCCCGGCCGAGCUACACCGACUUCUUCAUUGCAGGGUCCCUCCAGUGUGCGAGAGUGGUGGACGAGGAUGUCUUCCAACGAAAUGUCAAAUACCCUGGUUUCAGGGAGAUUUAUGAGGCGUGUCUGCCUUACAUGGAAAAGAAGGAUUGA